AUGGAUCGAUAUCUUCAAGCCGUUAGAGCGCUGAGAGAAACAAUUAAGACCGAGACGAAGAACUCAGACGUCCAGACGCUAUAUGGUAUUCUACUACUGUGCGGUUACGAGACAGGUACUGGCCAAUCCUGCAUACCUUCAGCGUGGGGAAACCAUGUGGACGGAGCUUUAGCUCUUAUGAAGCUCAACGCAAUCAGUCUCGAUACUCCCUUGUCCCAAGGAAUCUUUUCCUUCAUUCAGAAGAACAUGGUUAUAAAACAAAUGCAGAUAUGCCGACCUCUUGAUAGCGUUUUCUCUCAAGGGAUUACCUCUAUGUGUGUAGACCCCGAGAGACGCUUGCUUUCUUUAGCAUCUGGCAUUCCUGAGCUUCAAUACCAGAGCAUUGAUCUUGAACAACUGGAGAUAAUCGACAUUGAAAACUUAUCAAAUAAUGCAAAUGCAUUAAGCCUUAAGCUAUCAACUUGGGCAAGCACUGUUCCAUUUAGUUGGCAUUAUGUCAGUGCAUUGAAGAUCAACGAUGGAUCCCCAUCAGAAUACUCGCCGCGCAUCAUUCACAAAUACAGGCACCAUUAUAUUGGUCGAGUAUGGAACUUUUAUCGUGUAUCGCAACUCAUCCUGCAGUCAAUCCGUCUUCGUGCAGCAGCUUUUUUACCUGUAGCGCCAAGUCAUAUUGAAAUCGGACUGAAAAUUACUUCACUGGUCGAUGAUAUAUGCGCAACUGUACCAUACCUUCUGGGGGCCGACCUCGACAAGAUGAAUCUUGAUUUCACCGAAAAAAGCACAAUGCAAGAUCCUAGGCGAACAUCUGUUUCACGUGCCAAAAGCAUUGGAGUUGCUGAGGUCAAGGGCUUCUCUCUCAUUUGGCCUUUGUUUGUUGCUAGUAGCGCCUCGGGAAUACCUCAAGCACAGAGCGAGUGGAUGCGGAGGCAACUCCAUCUUCUCGCGGAGAAUGGCGUUCCGAUGGCACAGACUGUCUGUACAAGCGAAAGCCAGAUGCUGUUGGGUAGGCCUGAGAAGUUUGUAUUUGAUUGUGUAUAG